AGUUAUCGCUUCGCGAUUAAGCAUUCGUAACUGUCGUCGACGAGUGUUUGCAUUCCAAAUAUUUCAGUCUCAAGCCAAAGUCGCUUCAACGUGGAUUGUUUUAUUAAAUUUCUGUCUAGUUUAGUCGACGCGUAAAUAAAUAAAUAUACGUACAUACACAUUUCGUAGAUCAAUAAGUCAAAAUGGUCAUUAAUUUUGCCGCUGGUCCAGCUAAAUUACCGGAAGAGGUGUUGAAAGAAGCGCAAGCUAAUUUAAUAAACUGCAAUGGAACUGGUAUCUCGGUAAUGGAAAUGUCUCAUCGUUCAGCAAAUUAUGCUGCGAUUCAUGAAAAAGCUUUAAAUGAUCUGCGAGAACUACUUAACAUUCCAUCAAAUUAUAAAAUUCUUUUUAUGCAAGGCGGCGGCACAGGACAAUUCGCGGCCGUGUGUUACAAUCUCAUGGGACGCACAAGCGUAGCUGAUUAUGUUGUGACUGGGUCUUGGUCCGCCAAAGCUGCAAAGGAAGCUGAACAAUAUGGCAAGGUCAAUUUGGUAGUACCGAAGGUGAAGAAAUACACCACUGUGCCCACACAGGAUACUUGGAAACUUGACCCGAAUGCCUCAUAUCUUUACUACUGCGACAAUGAGACGGUUGAUGGAGUGGAGUUCGACUUUGUGCCAGUGCUAACAAAUGAUGUGCCAAUAGUUUGCGAUAUGUCAUCGAAUUUUCUUUCACGUCCUGUUGAUGUGACAAAAUUUGGUGUCAUCUUUGCCGGUGCACAAAAGAAUAUUGGACCAGCUGGUGUAACAGUAGUUAUUAUCAGAGAAGAUCUCAUUGGGCACCACAUGAAGGAAACACCGUCCAUUUUACACUUUGCACAAAUGGCUAAAAAUGAUUCACUUCUCAAUACACCACCAACUUUUUGUAUUUACAUGAUGGGAUUGGUAUUCAAGUGGAUUAAGCGUAAUGGUGGAGUUGCGGGUAUGGCCAAAAUGGCCGCUAUAAAGUCAAAGACCAUCUACGAUGCAAUCGAGAACUCAAAUGGCUUCUAUAGUUGUCCAGUAGAGAAACGCGUGCGCUCACGUAUGAAUGUACCAUUCCGCAUUGGAGGUGUCGAGGGUGUGGAUGUGUUGGAAAAAGCAUUUCUAUCACAGGCGGAAAGUCAAGGGAUGAUUCAAUUGAAGGGCCACCGUUCAGUAGGUGGUAUAAGGGCAUCACUGUAUAAUGCUAUUACUGUGGCCGAAGCCGAGCAGUUGUCUGAUGUUAUGACAGACUUCUACCUAAGUAAUAAGAAUACAAAUUAAGAAAAGACUGAACUGAAGAACGAAUAAAUUUUAUAAAGAAAAAUGUAUAAAUAGCAAUAAUAUUGAAUAUGGGCUGGAUUAGUAAACCAUUUUAUGAACACUUUUUGUUAA